UCGGCCUCGAUCUACCCCAUCGAGCCCUUCCUCCCCACCACGCCCCGCAGCCAAGAUGUCGUCCCUAGACAUGUCACUUGAAGAGAUUGCUUCGUCCCGGCGAUCGAAUGACAGCCGAUCCCGGGGCUCGCAGCGCCGGAACCGAGACACGGAGGUCGACGACUUUGCCGUCACGGAUCGUCGCUCGGGCGGCAAUCGCCGUGCCUCUGGAGGAUUUGCUGGCCGCCAGCAGCAGCAGCAGCGAAGCAGCCCUUACUCUCGCAGAAGACGAGACGACGGCGAUUCGAACGACACAUGGACUCACGAUCUGUUUGAGGCCGAUGGCCGCUCGGGCCGCGCGAGUCGCUCGGAGCGAUCGACGGCGUCGGAAGCCUCGGCUCGUCUGCAGAUCAGCAACCUGCACUGGAAUGUCUCGGAGAAGGAUCUAUUAGAGUUGUUUGGAUCGAUUGGCCCCCUCAAGAGCGCCAGGAUCAAGUUCGACAACUCGGGUCGGUCUGACGGCGUUGCCUUCGUGGAGUAUGAGAGCGUCCGGGAUGCAACAAACGCGAUCAGCACCUUCGACGGCCGCAGCCUCGAUGAAAUGCCGAUGAAGGUCGCCUAUGCCCCCUUGGGCCGAGAUCGCUCGACAAAGACGGGUGGUAUCCAGUCCCGACUGGGCCCUCCUGCCUCCGGCGGCCCCAUCAGCUCGAGACUGGGUCCCAGACCGUCAGAGAGCAGCCGCCCAAGCCGUGGUGGAGCCAGACAGGACGACAAGCGAUCGACCCGUCCACGCCCCGCUACUCACGAGAGCCUCGACGCCGAAAUGGACCAGUACAUGACCGGCCAGAGCAGCAAAGACGAAACAGGAACCAUGGAUCUUGACGCUGCUGGAACCUCGGGCGGUGCUCCCGGCGGACGAUCCAUCGUCAGCUAUGCCGACGCCUAGAGACAUGAGCUGCUUGGCUUGAAGGCCCCCUUGUCCGCUUGCUGAUAUUCUUGCGCAACAGCUCCGGGUUGUGAGGAUAUUUUAAUUCAGUCACGGCACCAUCGUCGUUCCUGUAGGACACCCUGCUUGGGACCACCGAUAGCGGUUGCAUUCCAUCCUGAAUACAUAUGGCCAAGAGCACAAAUGUUCACAUA